AUGAAAAAAGUAGUUCCAUUUAAUCUAAAUUUAGAAUCAAGAAUCUACCCUCAAUUCAAAUCUCAAAGCAACCAAAUUAAAUCAUAUCGUAGAACCUCAUCUACUAUAAUAGGCAACACAAAUAAAUCCUUACACAAAGUAUCUCAAUCCACCAAUAUCCCUACCCCUUUAAUAGAAGAAGAUCCACGAGAAGAAAUUGAAAUAAUAAAAGAAGAAUUACAAGAGCGAUUUGAACAACAAAAGAAACGUGAAGAAAUGAUGAAAGAUUUGUAUCCAUCUGACAAUGACUCUGUGCUAGUUACUGAAGAAAUUUAUAUUGAAUGUCCUGAACAGAAAAGUGAGGUAAUCAUAGAGCAAAUAAAGGAGGAUGAUACUAGGUCUAUUUUUAUCUGCUGUAGGCAAAUUAUUAAGUGUUUAUUUAUGUAG